GCAGCUUACUCGUAACGGUAAAGCCACCGACCCAACUGGUCUCGUAGCCGAACUGCAAGAGGGAAGAGAAGCAUCGCAUCUCUGAGUCUGAAACCCUAGCCGCCUGUCUCCCUGUCCGGUCUCCACUCGUCCGGGCGACGAGACGACGACGGAGGGUUUCUGCGGGGGAUUUGUUUGUCGCUGACUCGCCGGCGACCAAGAUGAGGCCGGUUUUCGUGGGGAACCUAGACUAUGAUACCCGCCACUCGGAGCUCGACCACCUCUUCUACCGCUAUGGCAGGGUCGAGCGCAUCGACAUGAAGUCAGGCUUUGCUUUUGUCUACUUUGAGGAUGAACGUGAUGGCAGUGAUGCCAUACGUGCUCUUGAUGGUUAUCCAUUUGGCCCUGGCAGACGCAGGCUUUCAGUAGAGUGGUCACGGGGUGAUCGAGCUGCUAGACGUGAUGGCAACAAACCAGAAGUAAAUACUAAGCCAACUAAAACAUUGUUUGUCAUUAACUUUGAUCCAAUGGACACAAGAGUCAGUGAUAUCGAAAGACACUUUGCACCAUUUGGGAACAUAUCAAGUGUUAGGAUAAGGAAGAACUUUGCUUUUGUCCGGUUUGAAACACUAGAAGAAGCCCGUAAGGCUCUUGAAGCUACUCAUGCUACCAUGCUUUUGGAUAGGGUGAUUUCUGUUGAGUAUGCCUUUAGGGAUGAUGAUGAACGGAGUGAUAGGUACGACAGCCCAAGAAGAGGUGGUGGAUAUGGUAGGCGGGGGGAUAGCCCAGCGUACAGAUCACGUCCUAGUCCAGACUAUGGUCGCCCAGCAAGUCCUGUAUAUGGUUCGUAUGGCAGGAGCAGAAGUCCUGUUCGUGACCGCUAUCGGAGAUCUCCUGCUUACCGAUCAAGAUCCCCACCUGCCAACCGAAGAGCAUAUGACUAAUCAAGAACUAUAUUAUGAUGCUAUAAAUGCUAGCGGCAACUCGUGUCGGGCUUUUUCAGGGCUGCAGCCAGCGGGAAGAACUUACUGUGCCUGUACCGGAGUGUCACCUUAAUUGCUUUAAACUCCUGUCUUUAAAAUGGCAUGUUAUGUUAUGCGACUGUCGGAGUUUAGUACAUGCAAUAUCGUCACAUGCAUGCUGGCAUUUUGUUUUUCUUGAGACGCUCUCGAGUUCGUUUUACAUCUUUUACCGUCCUUUGUCGUUGC